AAGUGGUAAGGGACCUGAUGUUUCUCCUCUCCUUGCCUCUUCCGCUCAAAGAUCAACUUUUUCCGCCGCCUCUCACACAAAGCAUAUCAACAUGGUUGGCGUUCAUAAAUCUUGAGUGAUAUCUCUGAAAGCCAAAUGUGACCUUUUCUCCACUGGCAGGUACUUGCUGCUUGUCUGGUAGAAAAAGAGUCCUUGGAGUGGUGGUUGGGGUUGGUUUUUUAUAGCUAUGAGAUAUUGCGGAUUUGGCUGGUGAGGAAUCACUUUCUGGGUUGCUGCUGUCACAUGAGCAUACCAUCCUUCACAUACUAUCCAUGUACCGGUUAGCCCGGAAACGUACACAUUAGGAACUAGGUAUAUCUCUAGGCUACCGGCUAGAGAAACACGUCCGGAUGGUAGAAUACGACCUUGUGCAUUACGAUGCAGUAUCUACGGCAGGGAGUAAAUAUGCAAAAAGAGUAAGGAGACAAAUAAUCGAGUUAGACUUCGGUAACGCUUCCGUAUCUUCUAGUUCAGAUUUCGACCUCGACUACCAAACUGGCAAAGACAGUCCAGUUGUCGUCAGUUCUUGGUAUAGUAGCAUCUUACCACCGCUUGCAGACCAGACCGCCGCUGUAUCGACUAGCCGGGCCCCGUUAUGCGAUAUCAUAAAUAUCACCCGGAACGCCAGACAGUUAAGAGAAGCUACGACCAAGGAACUUCUGGGCUGGUACAAAAGAAGUGCGAUGGACGGGACAGCUUGCUACACUUGUCCGUUGCCUACUUGUAAGAGAGUUCUGCCUGCCAACUGCAGAUUGUCAGAUCUCUGGACACAUGCAUCAAUCGGCGACCAUCCAAAGGAACUGCAUUCUGCCGGCAUCUUUCCAUGCCAGGUUGGGCGUGUUGUGGGAUUCACCGACCCGGCAGCAAGACAGCUCCACAUUAAUUAUAUAGAAAAAGAGAAGCAUAAGCAUGGGUAUCUCAUCCUCAUGACCUCGUGACAGAAAAAAAGCAAGUAUCUCCUCCCUCCUUUUAUU